AUGGCCUCGAUAUCGUCUCAGUACUACCAGUUCAUCUUAUCCCAGGCGAUUUGCAGCCCCCUGGGUGCAAGCAUGGUUCUGUAUCCGUCCUUCAGCUGCGUCGCCACCUGGUUCCGACAAAAGCGUGCUCUGGCCCUGGGAAUCACAGCUAGCGGCUCGAGUCUCGGCGGCGCUAUCUUGCCUGUUUUGGUCAAUCGCUUGAUACCACGUAUUGGGUUUGGGUGGACGAUGCGUGUCUGCGCUUUCCUCUUAUUCGGCCUGCUUCUUCUGACAAAUCUAACCGUCCGAUCACGAGUCCCACCUCAACCAAAGGAGACCGGCAUCAUGGCCUAUCUUCGCCCCUUUACGUCGCUCUCCUUUGUGCUAACCUCCUUGGCGGGCUUCUUCUACUCCAUGGGCAUGUUCAUCCCCAUUACAUUCAUGGUAACUUACGGUGAAUAUGUCGGCCUGUCAGAUGAUAUGGCUGGGUACCUGGUCUCGAUCUUCAAUGCGGCGAGUGGAAUUGGGCGUAUUCUACCGGGAUACAUAGCAGAUAAAGUUGGCAGCUUCAACGUGUCAAUGGCAGCCGCGACUCUUUCGACCAUCUUUGUGUUGGCAUUGUGGCUGCCAGGGCACAGUCAUGGGUCGGCCAUCGCUUUUGCCGCAUUGUUUGGAUUCAGUUCCGGCACUUAUACAGCCAUCAGCCCGGCCUUGGUAGCGGACAUUUCAGACCUCAAGGAGAUAGGCACCCGUUCCGGAACCAUGUACGCGUUCAUGUCUGUGGCUGCCCUCACUGGCAGCCCAAUCGGGGGUGCCUUAAUCUCGGGAGCAGACGGGAGCUAUUGGAAGCUCCAAGUUUUUACUGGCUGCAUGCUUGGUGCUGGAACUGCGUUCUAUAUCGCUGCCAGACUGUACCUGACCAAAGGUAGGCUGUGGGAGAAAGUCUGA